AUGAGAGAAGUUAUUAGUUUGAACGUCGGUCAGGCCGGUUGCCAAAUCGCCAACUCUUGUUGGGAGCUUUACUGCCUUGAACAUGGUAUCCAGCCCGAUGGAUACUUGACUGAAGAACGCAAGGCCCAAGAGCCCGAUGAGGGUUUCAGCACCUUCUUCUCCGAGACCGGCCAAGGAAAAUAUGUUCCCCGUACUAUCUACUGUGAUUUGGAGCCCAAUGUGGUCGACGAGGUCCGCACCGGCACCUACCGAAGCCUUUUCCACCCCGAACAGAUGGUGACUGGCAAGGAGGAUGCCUCCAACAACUACGCUCGUGGUCACUACACCGUUGGAAAGGAGAUGAUUGACCGUGUCUUGGACCAGGUCCGCCGCGUUGCCGAUAACUGCGCUGGUCUUCAAGGUUUCCUGGUUUUCCAUUCCUUCGGUGGUGGUACCGGUUCUGGUUUCGGUGCUCUCUUGAUGGAGCGUCUUUCUGUCGACUACGGCAAGAAGUCUAAGCUCGAAUUCUGUGUUUACCCUGCUCCUCAGAAUGGUACCUCCGUUGUCGAGCCCUACAACUCCAUUCUCACCACCCACACCACCCUGGAGCACUCUGACUGCAGCUUCAUGGUUGACAAUGAGGCCAUUUAUGAUAUUUGCCGCCGCAACCUCGGUAUUGAGCGUCCUGGAUACGAGAACCUCAACCGUCUUAUCGCUCAGGUCGUUUCUUCCAUCACUGCUUCCCUCCGCUUUGAUGGUUCUCUCAACGUCGACUUGAAUGAAUUCCAGACCAACCUUGUGCCAUACCCCCGUAUCCACUUCCCCUUGGUUGCAUAUGCUCCUGUCAUCUCUGCCGCCAAGUCCCUUCACGAGGCCAACUCCGUUAACGAGAUUACUAUGUCUUGCUUCGAGCCCAACAACCAGAUGGUCAAGUGUGACCCCCGCAACGGCAAAUACAUGGCCACUUGCUUGUUGUACCGCGGUGAUGUCGUUCCCAAGGAGACGCACGCUGCUGUCGCCACCCUUAAGACCAAGCGUACCAUCCAAUUUGUCGACUGGUGCCCUACUGGUUUCAAGAUUGGUAUCUGCUAUCAACCCCCUCAGAUGGUGCCCAACGGCGAUCUCGCCAAGGUCAACCGCGCAGUUUGCAUGCUUUCCAACACCACCGCUAUCGCCGAAGCCUGGUCUGCUCUCGACCACAAGUUCGAUCUCAUGUACUCCAAGCGUGCUUUUGUUCACUGGUACGUUGGUGAGGGUAUGGAGGAGGGUGAAUUCUCUGAGGCUCGUGAGGAUUUGGCCGCUCUUGAGCGCGAUUACGAGGAGGUUGCCAGCGACUCGCUCGAGGAAGAUGAGGAAGUUGAGGCUGAAUACUAAGUCCGUCUCUCCCGAACGUACACAUACUAACAGACGGAAAUUUUCUUCGAAAGAGGGUUGUGUAAUGCUUCGUUAUAUACCCAAUCCAUAAUCUUAGCUGUUCAAGCUUUUUAAUAGUCUCUUUGUUUUCCUCCUACAGAUUGUUUCCCUUUUAUACUU